AUGCCACCUUCAGGAACAAAACUGGACCCUCAGCUGCGGCCUCCCGCGACAGACAGCACGUUUAGGACGAGGGUCACGGAAUCAGCAAAAUGCAUGCGCGUUACGGGUAGCGCAGGAAGGACAACGCCACGACCAGGACAAGGAUCCAGGGUGUUCUGGAGUCGCAGAUCAGGAGGGGCGAGGAGACGAGGGGGUCCCAGGAUAGGGCAGGAGAGGCCCUUAGAAUUAUUGUCAGGAUUGUCAGCAGCACUGGCAGCAAUUGGGGAAACUCGAUUGGCGGAGUGGGACGGGAUGCAGGAGGUUUUGAUCACGUUGUUUUUCUGGCCUGCGAAUGGGAACUGGUGGAGAGGGACUGGGGUUGACGUGAAAAGUGGAGUGUUGAGCUAG